AUGUCAAAACGAAUCAUGAACGAGCCAAUGUGCCUUGCAGAGGAUAUUGGAGCGAUGAUUUAUUACCAAGACACUGACAGUAUGCAUAUUGAAACAACGAAGUUGAAAAUUUUGGAGGACGAGUAUCGAAAGUUGUACAACCGCGAGCUAAUGGAUGAGGAGGAGCUGGGAAAGUUCAACGGAGAUUUUAAAAUCAAAGAGGACGGGGAUUCAGUGGCUAUAGAAAGCUACUAUCUUGGUAAGAAGAGCUAUCUUGAUGUUUUACGAAGCAAGGACGGAGAGACGGCAAUUCAAACUCGGAUGAAAGGAGUACCACGAGCUUGCAUUACAAAUCCACUUGAGCGAUACAAGCGAUUAUUUGAUGGCAAAGCCGAGUCUUUUGAUCUGACAAAAGCCUGUCCAAUCUCUAUCAACAACAAAACUCAAACGGUGUCAAAGCGCGGUGAAUUUAUUCGUACGGUCAAGUUUGUUUGA